CUCUGCCGUUCCGAGUUUUACAGAUCUCCUCGCGAUCGUUUAGCGCAUACGGUCGGAGUCUUUGGUGACGCGUCGAUCGGCGUUCGAAAUUAUGAAGUAAACUCCUCCGGUGCUCCGGUCGAGUUCUGGACGUUCGAUUUCGUGUGUUUAAAGUUGUUGCAGGGCAAAUCUCCGUUUGCCACGAUGAGCAACAUGCAACCGGAAGAGUACGAGAACACGGGCUGGCUGUCGUACUUUAGCCGCCACAAGACCACGUACACGGCGGCCGAUAUUCACAAGAUCAGCAAUGAGCUGAACAACUUGCGCAAAAACCUGACGGCCACGCACUACGCGUACGGUGAGCUGAGCAGUGAGCUGAAGGCCCUCCGGAGUUUGCAGGAACAACAGCGGGUGGCGGACGAGUACGAGCAGCGCGUCCAGAGCAAAUCCAUCCCGAAGGCGAUCGAGAAGCGUCUCAAGGAUCAGGCGGACGAGAUUAAGGGCCUCAAGGGUGAGCUGGCCGGGUGCCGGAAUGAGCUAACGAAGCAGCUCACCGCCCUGAAGGUGACCUGCAGCGAAUUGGGCAAGGUGGCCAAAACGAAGUCGAAAGGUGGCGAAGGGUCCGCCUUUGGUGGCGUACUCGAAAGUCGUAUCAUCGCCGCGGAACUCCAGAUCGAUCAGCUGGCGCGCAGCCAUCAGGAGCGUCUCGGUGCACUCGAGACGAAAGUGUGCACACUGGAGCGCUGUAACGGGGUCACCGGUGAGCGCCUUAGUGGCGGUGGCCCGAUCGGGGACACUCCGAUGUACGACGAGCGACUGAAAGGGCUGGAGAGCGAUUUCACUCGCAAACUGCAAGACCUCACCGAUCUGGUGGUGGAAUUACAGCGGAAGCUGGCCCAGAGCGAGGCGAAGCAGGUGGAGAUGCUCCAGAAGUUGACCGUUGACCAGGGAUCGUUGUACGAGCAGCUGGAGGCUCGGUACGACGAGCAGUGUGGCAAGCUGCGUGAGUUGCAGGUCCGGCUCAGCCAUGUUGGACAUCGGGACGAUAUCGACUCGACGUUCGUCUGAGGGGCCACGGGGAGCCGCCAUUCUUAUGUUUACGUUGUAGUAAAAUGUCAGGUACUAUUAAUUCUAGCGUUAAUGGCCACCGUAUUCCCGAAUCUUCAUCCGACCAGGGCUAGUGAUUUGGAAAGAGUAGACUAAGUUCAGUGAUUGCCAGUGGUUCGAUGUGGAAAACCAAGUGAGCCGAUGUUGCGAUCAGGAAACGCCGCCGCGGAUGUGAUUUUAUUGGCCGUCUUUCCCUUCGUCCAUUCGUCAACACGAGCGAAGCGAAAUUGCUUCGCUCGAGUUCCGUCGGAGCUCCGCUUCAAAAAGGAUACGGGUACGCUUCCUUUCGUCGUACAGGGCACAACAUUCGAGGCCCGUUGCGUGACUAUAAAUAAACCCUCACAUCGUAAGGCCAACGUA